AUAAGCUGUCAACAACUACACCAACAUAGCCAUGGACAAUAACAUUUUCAUGUGGCAUGUGGGUGGAUAAACAAACUUUGCAGACUUCGGCUGUAAGCUCCAAUAAAUAAGUCGUUUAUGGAGCACACACGAUGGCGCAUCCUCAGGGCUACCUGUACCAGCCGUUGGCACCCUACCCAUGUGUCCCGAACUACAAUUCAGGAGUGAUCGCCGGACCUAGACCUGAGGAAAUUGGGAGAUCCUCUGACUCAGCCUUCGCUCCGUAUGUUGGACCUGGCAUCUCGACUCAGUCGGCCAGUUUGAACAAUGUCCAGUUCAGGACGGAGGCAGGAAGCGCGUUAUUCUCUUCAUUUAUGGGAACUCCACUUGACCACACGUCAAGCAUGACUGGGUCUUUAGGGUAUCACCCAUAUGUCGGGGCGCUCGGUGCGUAUCCCUUUGGAGACCCCACUUACCGGAAAAAUGCCACCAGGGAUGCCACUGCCACACUCAAAGCCUGGCUUAACGAACACCGAAAAAAUCCAUACCCAACUAAGGGUGAGAAAAUCAUGCUGGCCAUCAUCACCAAAAUGACUCUCACCCAGGUGUCUACCUGGUUUGCCAACGCCAGGCGGAGGCUUAAAAAAGAGAAUAAGGUGACAUGGACACCGCGCGCCCGGAGUGAGGACGAAGAUGAGGAUGACCACAUUGAUUUGGAAAAACACGAUGACGACACGGAACUUGUAAAGGCCACUGAGAUGUGCGGCUCAACUCUCAACUCAGAAUACCAAAAACACAAACCAAGAAAAAUAGGCGAUAUCUAUGACGAGGACACGAGGACAACUGAACCGAUUUCCAGUCAUCCAGAACAAAAAAACAAGGAACGUAAUUUACAAGAGUCUCCCAGCACUUCUCCAGAGCUGGACACUUUUGCGCAUGAGAAACCGUCGCGAACGGAUGUGUCACCAUACGCGCAGUCGUCCGUUAAUGGGAGGGUUACCCCAACACCUGUCCUGGUAUUGUCACCGCCCCCAAACCCCAAACCUAAACUGUGGUCGCUCGCCGAGAUUGCAACCUCUCCGGGUUCAGGGAAUAGCUCGCUCCAGUGCCUGAGGGGCUGCAGUUAUUCUCCCACAGAUCUGUGCUGUGCCAUCAAGAAAAGGGAAGGAGAGCGGUGA